AUGUCAGAUAAUCGAACGAUAACGUCUUCGAAGCCAAGUAGCGAAUAUACGCCUCGAGCAUGCCUUGCUAUUCUAGGAUCUUGCACAGGUGUAUUCUGCUCGGUGGGGUUUGUGAACUCAUUCGCAGUGUUUGAAGAACACUAUGCAAAGAACCAACUCGCCGACAAAUCCAAAUCAACCAUUGCAUGGCUCGGUGCAAUCAGUAUUUUCUUCAUUUUCUCCGUGUCAGUUAUUUCUGGUCCACUACUGGAUACAUUUGGCCCUAGAGUCAGUUCUUUGAUCCUCUUUAUUGGCUCUGUGGGAACAGUCUUCGCCGUCAUGAUGACCUCCCUGUGCAAGGAGUUCUAUCAAUUCAUACUUGCACAAGGUCAAUAUAUCAAGGUGAAGCGGGGCCUUGCAAUGGGCAUUGUUAUAUCAGGCUCUUCUAUCGGAGGUGUGAUUUGGCCUAUAGCUAUCAAUGAGCUCCUCAAAAAACCUAAUGUCGGCUUUGGGUGGACUAUGCGAAUUGUUGCGUUUAUCAUGAUUCCUCUUCUUAUAAUCUCCUGUCUAUGCUGCCGCCCCCCGGCACCCUCGUCCGUUGCUCCAGCACUGCAGUCCAAAUCUGACGAUGGCGAGGCUGCAGGCCAAAAAGAACAGGAUACUUCCAAAACAGAUUACUCUAUUCUCAAAAAGCCGUCUCUGCAGCUGUCUUGUCUCGCCUUCUUCAUCAUCUACUUUGGGAUGUUUUCGCCUUUCUUCUUUACAACUUCGUAUGCAAUUGAUAUGGGGUUCAACAGUAGCCUUGCCUUUUACACAACCUCUAUCAUUAAUGGCGCUUCGUUCUUUGGUCGCAUUCUCCCUGGAAUCAUUGCCGACAAAUACGGCAGAUAUAACUGCUGCAUCAUGGCUACAUUCUUGUCUGGGAUCAUCGCUUUGUGCUGGACAAAGGCUACGUCUGUGGCUGGUUUGGUGAUAUUCUCUGCUGCAUAUGGAUUUGCGUCUGGAGCCAUUUUAUCUCUGCAGCAAGCAUGCGCGGUACAAAUCUCGACCCCACGCACAAUUGGGCUGACAAUUGGCAUUGUCAUGGCCUCAACGUCUCUAUCUGCUAUGGCAGGAGUCCCUAUUAGUGGUGAACUUGCUGGCAAAUAUGGUUAUCUUCCACUGUCCAUUUACUCUGGGAUCAGUUUACUAGUUGGGGCUCUUCUCCUAACGGCGGCACGAUUGGCCCAAAGUUGGAAGCUACUUGCUGUAGUCUAG